AUGUCCUCCAAUCCUGCCAAUGCCACCCAAGUGGCUCAAAUCUUCCAACAACUCCUGACGCUCAACGCUAUAUCCCAAUCUGCUGCCUCCACUAUGGCGCCUCUGCUACUCGUGGAAAGCCUCCUGUUGGGUGUCUUGUCUGCAUGCGCCCCCAUAGGGUCAUACUUAUUGUGGUUCCAAUCCCAUCCUUUGCGCGCACCUUUCAUCUCCGUGCUCUGGAUCGUCACUGUAACUGUGGUUGUACAUUGGGCGCUCUCCAUACGACAACUAAUGUUGACCAUCAGGGGACGUACAGCGGGAAUUGAUCUAUCUCUCUCUCUUUUAGAUAGCGCUACGCGAUUCAUCAAUCAGAACGAGCCCAACUCUUUAAUGGCGCUACUCAAGCUCAUCGACAGGUAUCUCGGCUUCGGAAGCGUGUGGCGAUUCUUCUUAGCUUUGAUCACUGAAUCCGUGCUUUUUGGGUUCUCGUCAUCUCUAUUUGCGAUCAUGGUGUAUACUGGCCUGAAGAAGUUUCAAUCUCAACGACACGCUCUCAAACCUCGAAUCAUCAUCAUCCUGGCGUCCGUGACGUAUAUCCUUUCGCUCACACAUUGGGCGACAUCCUACAAGUGCUUCACCUUGCUAGCGAAUGCCAUUGCAUUCUCUUCAGGCCAAAGUGUCACGAAUACAUCCAAUGCAAUCUAUACCACCCUUCUGGCACUUUUCUCAACAAGUGUCAUCAUGAGCGAUGCCAUUGUACUUUGGCGUAUGUGCGUAGUAUGGGAUAAAGCAAGAUUCGCCCGCGGGUUUGCUGUGAUACUAUUGAUAACGACUCUCGCGCUCAACAUUGGGAACAUCGUAAUCGUCCGCCGAGAUACUCCUUUCGUUCUUGGAGGGGUGUAUGAGAAGUCAGGAUCCAGUGGGAACUCAGAGGUUGUUUUGACAUACGGCGGGAACAAUAUCGGGCUCGCCGCCGCCUUCGUGUCCUUGGGGAGCAACUUGUGCGCUACUAUUCUUGUGGCAGUGAAGGCGUGGUUACAUAGGAGACUCUUUACCAAGCACCUCAAGGCCAGCGUGGGCCGCACAUUCGUACAGCGGAUUCUGGAGCUUCUCGUGGAGUCCGGAGCAGUGUAUAGCGUUAUAUGGCUCCUCUACUGUGUCAGCAUCAUUCGACCAAUAUCGGCGCACAGGACGAUCUUAAAUCUGCUAAAUAGCCCUGACAUUGUUGACGGUUCUAUUGUGACUGCCGCGGAUUACCUUAAUGCGGCCAUGGCACAGAUCAUCUCAAUCUACCCGCUUGCAAUCUUCAUUCUCGUUUCGCUUGACAAGAUACAUCAUUCGCGAGGACCACAGACCCUACGCGGGGUUGUUCUACCACAGAUGCAUGACCACGAAGUCAACGUGACAUUCAAUACCGAUACCGAACGCGAUGGACCACAACGUCUGGAACCCUCUCAUCAGACGGCGGCCCUUCGAUGUCUUGACGACGAUGUACGUACGGUUGGCAAGUCGAAGGGUGACCCUGCUGUAUAG